UGCCCAAAUGGAAAUGGGCCAUAUUGGUAGGACAUUGACUGACCACGACUUUUCAAUUAUGUUGGAUGACUUUGGAUUAACUGGUUUGGCUGUAUGUUAUCUUCACUCUUACUUUUGGAAAAUAAGAAAAACACAAAGCAGAGGAAAGCAUCCUCCACCUCCCCUGCAUCAUUACAAAAUUUAAGUACACUGCCUUUCAAAUCUUGUAAAAACAGAUUAAUCAUGUUCCUCACAGUUGUCAGCAGUUUGAUCUUCACAGACAAGAGGAUGGCAAUGCAGAUUUUCCCGGAAAGUGUGAGAAAAAUCUGGAACGAGUGGGAGCUUCGGGCUAUGGUUUUGAUCAGCCUCAGCUUGCAGGCCAUCCUCAUCCUCAUUGGCAGCUGGAGAAAGCACUCAACCAGUAACAUACUCAGAAUUGUUCUGUGGCUUGCUUACUUGUCAGCAGACUCAGUUGCAACAGUCUCACUUGGCAUACUCUCCAACAACCAAGAAGACUCUCCAGGUGAUUCUGUCAAUCCAGACUAUAUAAUAACAGCAUUUUGGGCACCCUUUCUUCUCUUGCAUCUUGGUGGCCCAGAUACAAUUACUGCUUACUCCUUAGAAGACAACGAAUUGUGGUUGAGGCACUUGCUUGGGGUAGCUGUCCAGGUGCUUGUAGCUUUCUAUGUCUUCUUAAGAGCAUGGUCCAAUAAAGUGCUGAAUUUUUUGGCAAUACCAAUGUUCAUAGUUGGGAUUAUAAAGUUUGGGGAGAGGACUUGGGUUCUAAGGUCUGCAAGUAGUGAGCAUUUUAGAGAGUCCAUGCUUCCUCAUCCUGACCCUGGUCCCAAUUAUGCUAGAUACAUGGAAGAGUACAGCUCUAAGAAAGCUGAGGGAUUCAAGGUUGAACUAGGACCACCCAUUGAAGCUCCAAAAGCUGAGAAUAAUUCCAACGAUGCCGGAAGAGUACCUGAUGACAGUAUCCAAAAAGCUGUAAUUUUAAACAAAGCCUACAGUUUCUUUGAAACUUUCAAGCGGCUAUGUGCUGAUCUCAUCCUCAGCUUCCAAAAUAUAGAGAAAAGCCAAACAUUCUUCCAAAAUAGAAACUCAGAGCAAGCUUUCGAAGUCAUUGAGAUUGAGCUAGGAUUCAUGUAUGAUGUGUUUUAUACUAGAGCUGUCCUAGUUCAUUCUCGUCUCGGUGGUAUUCUCCGUUGUAUCAGCCUUUCUCUCACAGUUUCGGUAUUCCUGGCCUUCUUGUUCAAAGAGAAGCAUUCAUACACGGGAGUGGAUGUAGCUAUCACAUAUGUAUUGUUGGUAGGAGCUAUCAUCCUGGAAAUGUAUGCUGUGGUCAUGCUACUUUCCUCAGACUGGACAACGCUACAGCUGAAUAAGCACAAAAAUGGGGUGUUGAAGCCCUUCCAUAAAGCCGUUUCAUCAAUCCCAUUGGUUAAAAACAAUAGGUGGUCUAAUAAAUUGGGACAAUACAACCUAAUAACAUUUUGUCUCAAAAAGAGGCCAGCCAAGUGCAUUUUUAUUAAGGAGGACUUAUUCAUAAAUAAGUUGUUAGAGAAGUAUCGAUACCAAGACUCCGAGGAUGUUUCCACAGAGUUGACGAAUUUGAUAUUUAUGCAGCUCAAAGAGAAAUCGAAGAGUGCUUCGAAUUUCGACGCUUGCAAGCAGUUAUGUGCUAAUAGGGGUGCCCAGGCGCUUCAUGAUGCAAAGUGUGCAAAUGAACUUGGCUGGGCCAUUGAUAGGGUUGAAUUUGAACAAAGCAUCCUUCUCUGGCAUAUUGCAACAGAUCUUUGUUAUAAUGCUGACGUGAAGGGAAACAGUGACUCCGACGCUGUACCUAACCAAAAUUGUAAAAACAGCAAGCAGUUGUCGAACUACAUGUUGUACCUUUUAGUCAUGUGCUCCUUCAUGCUGCCAAAUGGGAUUGGACAGAUAAGGUUUCAAGACACAUGUGCUGAGGCUGAGGAUUUUUUCACAGAAAGAAAAUCCAUAACCGACGAGGAAAAGGCUUGUGCAAUGCUACUCAAAGUGAGCACAGACAUCUCUCCAUCUGAAGUGAAAGGAGAUCGAAGCAAGUCGGUUCUAUUUGAUGCAUGCAGGCUUGCUAAAGCUUUGCAGUCCAUGGAGGUUGAGGGACAUUGGGGGACUAAUGAGAAAAAGUGGGAGUUGGUAAGUCAAGUGUGGGUGGAAAUGCUCUCUUACGCAGCCAAUCGGUGUCGAUGGAGUGAUCAUGCUCAACAGCUCAGGCGAGGAGGCGAGCUGCUCACUCAUGUUUGGCUGCUUAUGGCACAUCUUGGUUUGACUGAACAGUUCCAAAUUUCAGAGGGCCAUAAAAGGGCAAAGCUGGUUGUGCAGUAAACAAAUGAUGCACACAAGUUUUAAUAUUUUAUUUAGGAGAGUGUGGUCUGUAUUUAUCUUUUAUUAUUUCUUGUUUUGGACUGAACUGCAUUAUUAUGAUCUUUAGGAA